AUGAACUCCAAUAAUACUGAAUUUCUACAAACCAUCAUCAACAAUUAUUACUCAAAUAGUAAUAAUAAUGUACAAACAACAACAUUAUUUAUCCUUUCAAUUUCAACUUUAGUAUUCAUAUACUAUUACCGGAAGAUAUCAACCAAGAAGAAGAACCCAUUACCAGGCCAAAAAUCUCCAAAAAAAUCAUUAUAUGACAAAUCAAAAGAAUAUCAACCUUUAAAACCAACACCAUUAGUUGAUUUCCAAUGGGAUCAAGUAGAACCAAUAAAAUCAUAUCCUUUCAAGAAUGCUGAAUAUAAGUUAACCAUGGGGAUUCGUACUUUAGAUCCUCAAGAUUGGUUAUUAAUUGAACCCACUUAUAAAGCUCGAAUUGAAACUAAAUCUAAAAUUCUUAAUAAUAAUCAUCCCGAUUAUCCGCCAACAAAAGAUCUAAGAUCAUCAACAUUAUUUGCUACACCAGAAUCCACGCCAGCAAUUAAAGAAUUUUAUGAAAUUGUCAUGAACUAUAUGUGUGAUAAAUAUCCAACUUGUUUUAAGAAACAAGAAGAUGAAAAAAUGAUUUAUAAUUUGAUCACCAAGAAGAAGUAUCCAAUGCACAUCAGUUCUAGUACUAUUGAUCCUUAUGAAUUACAAGAAUUUUUAGCUGAAAAUAUUGAAGAAGAUUUCAUUAUUUUAUUAAAAGAUCCAACUAGACAAACUGAAGAAAAUGGUAAUGAGUAUUUUUUUAAAGCUGGAGUUUUCGGAUUUGCUGCUGGAUUUAAUCCUAUUGAUCGAUUUAAUACUCCAUUAUCAUUUAUUCAUCAUCCAAUUCCUGGUUAUGAAUCAAAAUUGAAACUUUCGAUGAAUAGAUUUUUCAAUAGAUUAUCACCAGGUCAAUUUGUCACCAGACUGAAUUUUUCAAUUCAAACUCAUAAUAAAUUUUACGUUGAUGAUUCCAAUAAAGGUUAUCAUAAUUCUAAUGAUGGUGGUGAUGGUGACAGUGGUAUUCUUGAACCAAUGAAAUUUGAAGAUUUGGAUUUUGAAAAUCAAGUUCAUUAUAGAAGUGAAAGACAAGUAUUAACAAAAUUACCUCAAUCAGGAGCAAUAGUAUUUACAAUUAGAACUUAUCUUUUACCAUUAUCUCAGGUUAAAAACGAAGGGAAAGAAGUUUGUGAUAGAUUAAUUGGUGCUAUAAAAGGAUUUCCUAAAGAUAUAGCUCAUUAUAAACGUUCUGAAGAAUGGGGGGAAGCAGUUAUUCAAUACCUAUCUAAAUAG